AUGCAUCGUGCCUACCAGCCAAUUCUGCCAUGUGGCAGUAAAUACCUUCAGCAGAAGUGGGACAAAACUGCAUAUGAAGGGCAUAAGAAAAAGAUCCUGAUGGCCAAGCCUGUGGUAGACACGUCUGCUCCUCCAACAUACGGACAUCUUCACUUGAAAUUAAGAAAACUUAAGCUGGAUAAGGACCGUUUGUCUACGAUAGAGCGAGAUAACUAUUUCUUGCUGAAGAAGAUAUCUUAUAUCAUGAAGACUGAAGGAAGAAUAGAUAAUAAAAAUGAAUAUAAAGCCAAAAGUUUAAACAGAGAAAAACGAGAGCAAGAAUUAUUCAGAAUACACCAAGAAAAUUGUGCCAUUCUGGAAAGAAUUGCAAAGUGUGAAUCUUGGUACAGUGUCCAGAAAUGGAACGAAGAUUGGCAAAAGACUGAAAACUACAUGAGCAGUAUUACAAGAUAUCCUCAAGGACUGUGCAAGUUGCAGAUUCAAAAGGAACAACAUAAGAAAAUGCAUAAAAAAAGACUGAAAAAUAACAGACUGAAAGAUGGACAUCUGACAGAUAAGCAAGAAGAAGGAAUAGAACUAAUCCACCAAAACAAAGAACUGAAUGAGGAUCAUCAAGGAGAAAAUCGAGUAGAAAAGGCUUAA